CUUUCUCUCUCCCGAGACCCUCUUUGCAACAGCCCCAGCAACCCGCGCGCAUGCGCGGCUUUCUUUAAGCUUCCCCCACUCCCUCACCACUAAGCUUGGCUCCGCGGUGGCGCUCACUUAAUCUGAGCAACCCUACGCAGCCACCGUCCUCCUCGGCUGCCCUGACACGUGACCUGUCGCGCACCGUGCGUCCCUCGUUCUCUCAAACUCGGAAGUUCACAACAACUUGUCGAGGGGGUACGGAAACAAAGGAAGACGAGAUGGUCCGUGGCUGCUGUCUGAGCCGGCAUGUAGGCAGAGCACUCUCAGACAGAGGACCAGUGGUGCUGAGCAGAGGAGGAGCAGCGGGGGGCCCCUCUCUCUUUGCUGCCAUCCCUGCACCACACUCCCUACCCUGGCUGCAGGGCCAGUAUGCUGAAGAAGCAGUCUGUUUGGCUGGUGCUGUGGGGCGCCAUCAUCUUUGUUUCCUGGAAUGCACUUCUCCUCUUCUUCUUCUGGACCCGUCCUCCCCCAGGUGGCCUUGCCCCAGCCUCCCCCUUUGCCGAUGACCCUGCCAGUCUAACCCACGAGGUGAUCCGACUGGCCCAGGAGGCUGAGGUGGAACUGGAGCGCCAGCGGGGGCUGCUCCAGCAGAUCCAGGAGCACAGUGCCCUCUGGAGCCAGGAACAGGCUGGGGUGGUGGCAGUGGAGGCUGAAGCCACAGUGGGUGGCCCCCUGGCCCACCCACCCACCACCCCAGCCCCGGCUGCCCUCCCAGUGCUGGUAAUUGCCUGUGAUCGCAGCACAGUCCGCCGCUGCCUGGACAAGCUGCUCCACUACCGGCCUUCAGCUGAGCACUUCCCCAUUAUCGUCAGCCAGGACUGUGGGCAUGAGGAGACGGCCAGGGUCAUCGCUUCGUACAGUGACAACAUCAUGCACAUCAAGCAGCCAGACCUGGGCGACCUUCCCAUGGCCCCCGAGCACCGCAAGUUCCAAGGCUAUUACAAGAUCGCACGCCAUUACCGCUGGGCCCUGAGCCAGAUCUUCCGCACCUUCAAGUACCAAGCGGCCAUUGUGGUGGAGGAUGACUUGGAGGUUGCCCCGGACUUUUUUGAGUACUUUCAGGCCACCUACCCACUGCUGCGGGCUGACCCCUCGCUCUGGUGCGUGUCAGCCUGGCACGACAAUGGCAAGGAGCAAAUGGUGGAUGCAGCCCAGCCCGACCUGAUCUACCGCACGGACUUCUUCCCUGGCCUGGGCUGGCUCCUGCUGGCCGAGCUGUGGGACGAGCUGGAGCCCAAGUGGCCCUGGGCCUUCUGGGACGACUGGAUGCGGCAGCCCGAACAGCGGCGGGAGCGGGCCUGCCUGCGGCCCGAGAUCUCACGGACGCUCACCUUCGGCCGCAAGGGGGUCAGCCAAGGGCAGUUCUUCGACCAGCACCUCAAGUUCAUCAAGCUGAACCAGGGCUUCGUGCCCUUCUCCCAGCUGGACCUGUCGUACCUGCAGCGGGAGGCCUACGACCGGGACUUCCCUGCCCGGGUGUACGCCGCCCCUGUGCUGCAGGUGGAGGACCUGCAGGCCAACUGGCUGCGGGAGCUGGGGGAGGUGCGCGUGCAGUACAGCAGCCGGGAUAGCUUCAAAGCCUUCGCCAAAGCCCUGGGGGUCAUGGACGACCUCAAGUCAGGCGUCCCCCGAGCCGGCUAUCGGGGCAUUGUCAGCUUCCUCUUCCGGGGCCGCCGGGUGUACCUGGCCCCACCAGAGGACUGGGCUGGCUAUGACCCCAGCUGGAGUUAGCAGUGGGGGGAGGGCCACCCUGUCCUCCUUCCCCCCUCAUCUCCUGCCAUCGGUGGAGGCCCACCGUGUCCUCCUUCCUCCCCUCCUCUUGCUGUUGGGGGAGGCCAACCCUGUCUUCCAUCCCCCCAGCUCCUCCUGCCGUCGGAAGAGCUGGGACCCUGGGUUGGAUCUCAUCCUCCUUCCUCAGUUCUGUUUUUUUUCAUUCUUAUCAUUGCUGUUUUUCUCCACCUUUUCCAUGUGGCAUUCGAAUACAUGUCCUUCAGGAUGUGGGCAGAGAGAGUUGGGGGCCAUGUAGUCAGAAAAGAGUUGUGGCACCACAGACCAGAGCUUAUCCAAGGAGGGCAGAGGAUCCAGCCUGCUUACAGCCAGAGAGACAGGGUGCCUCCUUCAUGCUCUGGGAUGUUUUUCGUUUCCACUCCGUGGCUGAAAACCUGCUUCCUUUUCCCCUAUGGGCUGUCAGGGAGGUGACUAACAGCCCUUCUGUCUCCCUGCAGCCUCCCCUUUGGGAUCACCCUCAGCAGUUUUGUCCCUCUUGUCCGGGGCUCACCCCAGCCUCUGGGGCUGGGAGGCAGAGCUACGUGGGCGUCAACCCCUAGAGCUGGGGGUUCAUGAUUAGGACCAAAACAAGACACCAAAGGAAAAUUGGACUAGGGUUGUUCAGUGUUGUCAUUCAUUUUUCUUUCGCAUCUCUAUCUCUUUUGCAUCUCUUGCCUUUAAAUGUGUAUUUUGAGGGCUCCUCUGUUUUCUCUUGCUCUUGUCCUCAGCUUUGUCUCUCUCCCCCUGCCCUACCCCCGCUUCAGUCAAGCUCCAGCUGGCUCUGAAGAAAAUAAAUUUGGAGGUGGGAAGAGUCUUCCCAGUCCCUGGUGUGGUCAGGGGUGGGAGAGGAGAGGUGAAGAAGGGGUGAAGAUAAACUGCAUAUCUUCAUCUGUUCUCAGUUCCACUCAGUUCCUUUUGACAAGACUAAGUGGUGACUCUGGGCAAGCCCAGAGAAGAGGAUCCAGAAUCCUCUCUCCUUCCCCCACCACUUCCCCUCCCACCCUUCACUCUCAACAUAAAUACUCCUACCCCAUCCAACCUUUUCUUCAGAAGAAUGGAUCUGAGACCCUUUAGAUGUUCACUAUAGAAGUUGCUUCCCCUUCUGGGACUGAUGUGGUUUGGCUCUUCUCCCUCAGCAGUGGACUACUGGAAAGUGGGAUUGACCAUCUGCAGCACCCCUUCCCCAAGGCCCUGAGCCUGGCAGAAUGGGGGUAUCCACUGGGCUAAUGUGGGGGUAGCUCACAUCUAUUUUUUUGUUUCUUUAUUAUUCCGUGACCUUGGCUCGAUGGAAGAAAAUUUGAAGAUGCAGAAUUAUUUUCCGGAAUAAAAUAAAAGCUGACUUCAUAU